AUGUUCAUUAGAGAUCUAUACAAUGCGAGGGCUUCCCCAUUUAUAUCGUUAGAAUUCUUCCCACCAAAGACAGAUUUAGGGACAAGGAACUUAAUGGAACGUAUGCAUCGUAUGUCCGCCUUAGAUCCGCUGUUUAUCACAGUCACUUGGGGAGCUGGGGGUACUACUGCGGAGAAGACUCUGGCAUUAGCUUCUUUAGCACAACAGACACUAAAUAUACCGGUUUGUAUGCACUUGACUUGCACCAACACUGAUAAAAACAUCAUUGAUGAUGCGCUGGAUAGAUGUUAUAAUGCAGGAAUUAGGAAUAUUUUUGCUCUUCGGGGUGAUCCACCUAUUGGGGAAGAUUGGCUGGAUUCUCAAUCAAACAAAUCACCUUUCAAAUAUGCAGCUGACUUAGUUCGUUAUAUCAAACAAAGAUAUGGGGACGAAUUUUGCGUUGGGGUUGCAGCUUAUCCAGAAGGACAUUGCGAAGGUGAAGCAGAAGGUAACGAGCAAGAUCCGUUGAAAGAUUUAGUAUAUUUGAAAGAAAAAGUUGACGCUGGAGCAGAUUUCGUAAUCACACAACUUUUUUACGAUGUCGAAAAGUUCUUAACUUUUGAAACGUUAUUUCGUGAGCGCAUUUCGCAAAACUUACCUCUCUUUCCUGGGUUGAUGCCUAUUAACUCUUAUUUGCUAUUCCACAGAGCUGCAAAGUUGUCACAUGCGUCUAUCCCACACACUAUACUGAGUAGGUUCCCCCCAGAAAUCCAAUCGGACGAUAACGCCGUGAAGUCCAUUGGUGUAGAUAUUCUUAUCGAACUUGUUCAGGAAAUAUAUCAAAGAACAUCAGGUAGAAUCAAAGGAUUUCAUUUCUAUACUUUGAAUUUGGAGAAAGCCAUUGCUCAAAUCGUUUCACAGUCCUCUAUUUUAUCGCAUAUCAUAAAUGAAUCUAGCGAAGAAGAAGGAGAAGAUGAAACUGGUGGUGAAAUAAGAAGUAUAGAAAAUGUGCCAAUAGAGGAUGCCGAUGGGGAUAUUGUACUAGAUGACUCAAAUGAAGAUUAUGCUGCAAACCGGAAGAGGAGAAGACACUCAAGUCUCGAUUCAGCCAAGUUGAUUUUUAAUAGGGCUAUCGUUACUGAAAAAGGCUUGCGCUAUAACAAUGAGAGUGGUUCCAUGCCAUCUAAGAAGGCAUUAAUAUCUAUUUCUAAAGGUCACGGAACUUUGGGUCGUGAUGCUACUUGGGAUGAGUUCCCCAACGGUAGAUUUGGUGAUUCUAGAUCUCCCGCAUAUGGUGAAAUUGACGGUUAUGGACCGUCCAUCAAAGUGAGCAAAAACAGGGCACUUGAAUGGUGGGGUACUCCAAAGUCAAUCGGGGAUUUAAAAGAUAUUUUUGUGAAGUACUUGGAAGGCUCCACCGAUGCGAUUCCCUGGUCUGACCUGGGACUUUCAGCUGAAACGGCGUUAAUUCAAGAAGAACUAAUUCAACUGAACUAUCGCGGAUAUUUGACGUUAGCAUCUCAACCAGCUACGAACGCUACAUUAAGCAGCGAUAAAAUAUUUGGUUGGGGGCCCGCAAAGGGGAGGUUGUACCAAAAGGCGUUUGUGGAAAUGUUUAUUCACAGGCAACAAUGGGAAACAACAUUAAAACCCAAGCUGGACCAUUACGGACGCCGGAAAUUUAGCUACUACGCGGGCGAUUCAUCUGGUUCAUUCGAAACGAACCUGGAUCCACAUAGUUCAAGUGUUGUAACAUGGGGUGUUUUUCCCAACAGUCAGGUCAAACAAACCACAAUAAUCGAAGAAGAGUCAUUCAAGGCAUGGAGAGAUGAAGCCUUCAGUAUCUGGUCAGAAUGGGCCAAGUUAUUUCCAAGAAACACUCCAGCAAAUAUUCUUUUGAGACAAGUCCACACCGAUUACUGUCUUGUCUCCAUUGUUCACCAUGACUUUAAAGAGACUGACGAGCUUUGGGAAAUGUUACUCGACUAA